CUCUGUUCAUUUGUUCACUCUCUGUAGCUAGCUGUGUACGUGUCUUUGCAAUUAUAUUCUAUCUGGUCAUCUUUAGUACUUUUACAUGUUGUAGACGAGAAGAAGACUAUCAAUAAAUUGUAAUGAAAAUGUUUAUGCACUGAGAAAGAAAAGUGGGAGCAGGCUUUUUCCUACGUUACUCUGUAGACAUGGAGGCGAAGUGGAAAAGGUAUCGCAAGACCAAAUUUAUUGGUGAAGGACAGUUUGCUACUGUUUACCAAGCUGAAGAUCUUCACAACCCAGGCACCUUGGUUGCCAUAAAAAAGAUCAAAGUGGGUCAGAAGGAAGAUGCCAGGGAUGGUAUCAAUCGCACUGCUCUACGUGAAAUCAAGCUGCUGCAGGAGCUCAAACAUAGCAAUGUGAUCGGGUUACUUGACGUAUUUGGACAGCGCUCCAACAUCAGCUUGGUCUUUGAUUUCAUGGACACUGAUCUCGAAGUAAUCAUUCGUGAUUUGAGCAUCAUGCUGACCAUUGGUCAUAUCAAAAGUUAUCUGAUCAUGACCUUGAAAGGACUGGAGUACUUGCAUCAGAACUGGGUCCUGCAUAGAGAUAUGAAGCCGAACAACUUGCUUCUGAACAGUAACGGCGUGCUGAAAAUCACUGAUUUCGGUCUUGCCAAGGCCUAUGGCAGUCCGAAUCGUGUCUACACGCAUCACGUUGUGACUAGGUGGUACAGAGCUCCGGAACUGCUGUUUGGAGCGCGCCUGUAUGGCACAGGCAUUGAUAUGUGGGCGGUUGGGUGCAUAUUUGCCGAGCUCAUGCAGCGGAACCCCUUCCUUGUCGGUGAAUCGGACAUAGACCAGCUGACAAAGAUCUUUGAAGUUCUAGGAACCCCUACCGAUGAAUCAUGGCCUGGAUUGUCUGCCCUACCCGACUACGUACCAUUCAAGGCACAGGUGCCUAUUCCGCUAGCUCAGAUCUUCACGGCAGCAGACGCUGAAGCUCUGAGCAUGCUUAGCUCCAUGCUGUGUCUCAAUCCGGUCAAGCGCUGCACAUGUUCUGAGGCUCUGAAGAUGCCGUUCUUUUCCAGCCGACCGUACCCGACAAAGGGCCCGCUGCUGCCCCUGCCUAGCGGCAGUGCAGUGAAGAAUGAAGAAGAGCUGGUGUCCAGGGGUGUCAAGCGGAAACGGGAUGAAGAAACUGACGGCUUUGUAAAAAAGAAACUGUCGUUUGGUGGAAUGUAAUGGCAGUCAACUGCAAGGCAGCCGUGUAUGCACUCACAGCAUACAAGUACCAGUGUGAGGACAUCUAUUUCUUGUCUUCGCGCUGUCAUGCUAUUCACAUCCCGCUUGUAUACGAACGCCAAAAUAGGUACAUGUAUUUAUGAAACAUGAAAAUUUGUAAGAAAACAGCAUGCAUCGCUCGCCAUGAAACACGCUGCCAAACUGGGUUAUCAUGAAUCCAUGUUUGCACACCAUAAUUCGCUGUCAUAGCUAUCGAUUCUCUGGCAAAAGUUCAGGAAAAGUCUUGUCAUUGAAAAAUUAAUCAAUAUCUUACUUGAGAAUAGAAAUAAUUAUGGUUUUUAAAAACGAGAAGGAAGACUUCCCGUGAUUAUUUGUUCUGUUCUGUCCUAGCCUAUCUUGCCAGCAUCUGUCAGGAUUAAUUAUUGACUUGUGUCUUGUUAGUGGAGAGCAAAUCCUGAUUUAUCACCUCUUCUUUUUUAAACUUGCAAGUGGCUUUUCUUUUUCUUUUUACUCGAGUAUUUUUGAUUUUGCUGAGCACCGCUGUGAUCUUAUCCGUUCAAUCUGGCAGUAAUUCUGUACAUGUACCAUCCUGUAUGAGGAAUUGGGGAUGUAUUCCAAGGCAAAGCUCUGACAGUGACACGUACCAUAAAGCACCAUUGA